AUGAGGUCAAACGUAUUAAGAACGGUCCAAAACGGGCUCAGAUGCCUGCCACGACGACCAGUAUCUCAUAAAUCAAAAGUCGCAUAUCAAAGCUAUAGAAGUUUUAUAGCGACACCCCUAUGUAGAGAAGAAGAAAGGAAAUGGACAACGCCUCUCGCUAAACAAUUAACUGAGGCUAUAAAUACGACGGGGCCAAUUCCUUUAGCUAGCUAUAUGCGCAUGUGUCUAACAUCGGACACUGGCGGAUACUACACGGGAGCUAUAGAAGAAGGCCGAGAUCAAUUUGGUCGAAAGGGGGACUUUAUUACCUCGCCAGAAAUAUCGCAGAUCUUUGGCGAGCUUGUUGGUAUCUGGUUCGUUGCAGAAUGGUUGUCUCAAGGCCGGCCGAGACAGGGCGUGGAGCUCAUCGAAGUUGGUCCUGGAAGAGGGACGUUGAUGGAUGAUAUGUUACGAACUAUAAGAAAUUUUAAGGAUAUGUCUUCGAGUAUAGAGACCGUCUACAUGGUCGAGGCGAGCAAGGAGCUGCGCACCACUCAGAAAAAUCUACUCUGUGGCGAGGACGCCGUAAUGACGGAGUCGAAAAUAGGUUGGCACAGUACAUGCAAGUACUCCGGCCUGCCCAUCAUAUGGACAGAUUCAAUCAAGGCCAUUCCACAAGACCCUAACAAGACUCCUUUCAUCGUGGCUCACGAAUUCUUCGAUGCGCUCCCUAUCCACGCCUUCCAAGUUGUCGAAGUGCCACCGAACCAGAAGCCCACACCGACAGAUAGCAAUGCUAGCACUAUCUCUGUUUCGCGUCCGGGCUCGCCACCCAGCGCCACCACAUCCCCCUUCCAGUGGCGCGAGAUGGUUGUCUCACCCACCCCUCAAGGAACAACCCACGCGGAUCUCGGAACCCCCAAAUCACAGCAACACGAUCCCGUCCCGGAGUUCCAGUUAACUCUAAGUCCGUCCAUGACCCGCCACGCACAAUACCUCCCAGAGGCAUCCCCUCGAUAUCGUGCACUGAAAUCCACACCAGGCGCUCUAAUAGAAGUAUGUCCCGACGCCUCUCUAUACGCCACCGACUUCGCCUCUCGGAUCGGCGGCUCCUCCCCCACCACUGGAGAUAGCACUACAGCAACUAAACCCCAACCUUCCGGCGCCGCCCUGAUCCUGGACUACGGUCCCGCAGACACCAUCCCAGCGAACACCCUACGCGGAAUCCGCCAGCACCGACACGUCUCGCCCUUCUCAUCCCCAGGUCUCGUAGACCUAAGCGCAGACGUCGACUUCGCCGGCCUCGCGGAAACCGCCUUACUCGCCUCGCCCGGCGUCGAGGUCCACGGACCUGUCGACCAGGCGUAUUUCCUCGAAACAAUGGGAGUGCGCCAGCGUGCCGAGAUGCUGAUUAAGAAGCUCGAGCAAACCCAGAAUAGGGGGGACGUAGAGGAGAAGAAGAGGGAGAUCGAGCGUUCGUGGAAGAGGCUCGUUGAUCGCGGACCUGGUGGUAUGGGGAAAGUGUACAAGGUCCUGGCUAUCCUGCCUGAGAACGGGGGUAGGAGGAGACCGGUUGGGUUUGGUGGGGAUGUGGGAGUUUGAUUGAAUGCACAUACACACGUCCAUAUAUAGGUACUAAAAGGGGGGUUGAGGAAUGACUUGUACAAUAUCUAGGUAGAUGGGAGAUAAAAAAAACCCACGUCAAUACUAGGUAGAUAUACAUAUCUGUACAGAACAAAAAUAGCACGGAAGUUAUCAAUCAAUUCAUCAUAUUCGUAAAAAGCCAUAGCGUGACGUAUUCCUAUUAUCAGUUACAAUUCAAAGUUCUUUUCGUACCUUGCGCUACCA